AUGACAACAACCGCUUUGCCUGCAGAGACGGCUCUGCGCCGCAUGGGAACGACCGAAUCCACUCCCAUGUCGUCGACCAACAUCUCCCCUCUCGAUAGUCCGAGAUCCUCUCCCUCCUCGACUUCGCUGUCCUCUCUUGCGUCGGAAGAUGCCCUUGAGCAGAAGAAGCCCGUCGUGGGAAAGAAACAGCUGGUGGACACCUACGGCAACACCUUUGAGAUCCCAGAUUACACCAUCAAGGACAUCCACGAUGCCAUCCCAAAGCACUGCUUCGAUCGGUCUGCUGCCACUGGUCUCUACUAUGUUGCACGAGACGUCGUUUCCCUCGCAACCACCUUCUACCUCUUCAACCGAUUCGUCACUCCUGAAACGGUUCCGUCGACACCGCUCAGAGCUGGACUCUGGUUUCUGUACACCGUCGUGCAGGGUCUCUUUGGUACAGGCUUGUGGGUGUUGGCCCACGAAUGUGGUCACCAAUCGUUCUCCAAGAGCAAGGUUCUCAACGAUACUGUCGGCUGGUUCUGCCACUCGGCGCUGUUGGUGCCGUAUUUCUCGUGGAAGAUCUCUCAUGGCAAGCAUCACAAGGCCACCGGCCACCUGGAGCGAGACAUGGUCUUUGUUCCAGCCACCAGACAAGAGUGGGCCACGAGGAGAGGGUAUCUGCUCCACCAGCUGGAUGAACUUACUGAAGAGACUCCUCUCAACACCGCCUACACCCUCAUCUCCCAGCAAUUGGGAGGUUGGCCCAUGUACCUGCUAACCAACGUCACUGGCCACAACAAGCAUGAAGGCCAGCGCGAAGGACGUGGUGUAGGCAAGCACAAUGGCUUCGGCGGUGGUGUCAACCAUUUCAAUCCCAACAGCCCCUUGUAUGAGGCAAAGGAUGCCAAGUUGAUCGUCCUCAGCGAUCUGGGUCUUUUGAUCAUGGGUGCGAUCCUGUUCUGGGUUGGCAAGACCUAUGGCUUCUCGAACCUUUUCGUGUGGUACUUGGCUCCGUACCUUUGGGUCAACCACUGGCUGGUGGCCAUCACGUUCCUGCAACACACCGAUCCAUCUCUCCCCCAUUACACACCCACCUCCUGGACCUACACUCGUGGUGCGGCAGCAACCAUCGAUCGUGAAUUUGGCUUCAUUGGUCGUCAACUUUUCCACGGCAUCAUCGAGACCCACGUGCUCCAUCACUAUGUCAGCGUGAUUCCUUUCUACCAUGCUGAUGAAGCCAGCGACGCCAUCAAGAAGGUCAUGGGCCGUCACUACCGCAGCGACACUCGCGGUGGACCCAUUGGAUUCAUCAAGAGCAUGUGGAACUCGAUGAGAUGGUGCCAGUGGGUUGAACCUCUGGAGGGCACCACUGGCGAUGAGGCCGGGGUCAUGUUCUUCCGCAACCGAAAUGGUCUGGGUCUGCCACCCGCCAAACUGGAGAAAGCUGCUUCAUCUUAA